GUACUUCUUCUCGCAGCUGCUGUACAGGCGCUUCAAGUCUAACAUGCUGGUCAACCUGCUCGGCCAGUGGCAGGAGCAGGACUACGGCGGCCAGUCGAUCCCCGUGGGAGGCCUGGCGUACUACAUGUCCCCGCCCCGCAACGUUUCCGACAUCUGGGAGGAUCCCCUCCAUGCCCUCUUCUACGUGGCAUUCGUGCUCCUCUCCUGCGCCCUCUUCUCCAAGACUUGGAUCGAGGUGUCGGGGUCGUCCCCGCGCGACGUCGCGAAGCAGCUGCGCGACCAGCAGAUGAUGUUCAAGGGGCACCGCGAGAGCUCCCUCGUGCAUGUGCUCGAGAUGUACAUCCCCACGGCGGCCGCCUUCGGCGGCAUGUGCAUCGGCAUGCUUACCAUCGUCGCAGACUUCCUGGGUGCCAUCGGCAGCGGCACGGGAAUCCUCCUGGCCGUGACCAUCAUCUACCAGUAUUUCGAGAUGGUG